AUGGCACCCAAACAUAAAAUCAUUAUUGAUACCGACCCAGGAGUCGAUGAUGUAUUGGCCAUCCUGCUGGCCCUGAGCGCCUCUCCAGAAGACCUGGAGGUGGUCAUGCUCUCGGUCACGUACGGCAACGUGCCGCUUCAGGGCUGUCUGCGCAACGCAGUUGCUCUAUUCCAUGUCUUGGAGAAAGAGAGGGCUUGGCGCAAGUCGGUUGGUAAGGAGACAGGCUUCGAGUCUCUGUCGCAAUUCAAGCCCAUCGUGGCAAUCGGAGCCAAGCAUCCCCUAGAGGAUGAUGAGCUUGCAGCGGACCACUUCCACGGUGCCGACGGGCUGCAUGGAGUUCACGACGCUCACCCGGACCUAAGCCCCGCAGACACAUGGCGUACCCUCUUUGAGGACGCCCCCGGCGGGGCCCCCUCAGACAUCCCCAGCUUUUCAUCGUACUUCACCCCGUCCAAGACGGUAGCGCACAAGGAGAUCCUCAGGAUCCUGAAGGAAUCUCCCGACCAGACCGUAACGAUCCUCACCAUCGGGCCCAUGACCAACCUCGCGCUUGCAGCAGCCGAGGACCCGGAGACCGUGCUCCGCGCUCGCGAGGUCUGCGUCAUGGGCGGCGCCGUCGACGUGCCGGGCAACAUCACGCCGGUGGCCGAGUUCAACACGUUCGCCGACGCCGUGGCCACGGCGCGCGUCUUCGCCCUGACGGCGCGGGAGCCGAGCUCCACCAUGCCGCCGCGCACCUCGGCCAGCCUCGAGCCGUACCCGGCAGGCCUGUCGCGGCAGCUCAAGCUGUCGCUGUUCCCGCUCGAUAUCACCACGGACCACCUGCUCAACAAGGGCUUCUUCACGCAGCGCAUCGCGCCACUCGUCGCCUCGGGCAGCCCGCUGGCCCGCUGGCUGGAGCACGUGCUGUCGCGCACCUUUGACAAGAUCGACAGCAUGCUGGGCGACGGCAGCGAGCCGGGCCUGUCGCUGCAUGACCCGCUGACCGUGUGGUACAUGAUGACGCGCGACAACCCGGCCUGGAAGGCGUCGCCCGGCGAGGACAUUCGCGUCGAGACCGCCGGCCAGUGGACCCGCGGCAUGCACAUCCUGGACCGCCGCGUGCGCAGCAAGCCCGGCGUCGAGCAGGAGCCCGGCCAGCCCGAGAAGACCGAGGUGGUGGACGGCGUGCAGCUCGACGAGGUCCCCGGAGACACCAUGGGUUGGCUGAGCAGGAGGAGGGGCAACAGCAUCAACAGGAUCGUGGGCUCGCCCGGCUUCGACGUCUUUGCAGAGUAUCUGAUGAAGCAGCUGUUCUGGUAG